AUGCUCAAUAAGGCUCAGGACGCUCAAAAAAGUGAGUGUCAUCAAAUGAAUAACGACGAAAGUGAUGAGAACAAAUUCAUGCAGAUUAGCGAGAAGCCAUGCGGGAUUGCAGCUAACGUGGUUUAUCAAUCGCUGGACGAAAUCAAUUAUUCGCUCGCGUGGUUUACGCAUCACCGUAGGAGGGAGAGUAUGUUCUAUCCCUGGUAUCCAACUUUGAGCGGAAACAGUUGGGAGAAACUCCGACUACAAGCAAUCUCCAAUUUUUGGCGGACGGUGGUUACCAAUAGAAUAAGCCCGAUCACGGUUCACUUGGCAGUCUGGAUAGUGAACAAGCUAUUUUACAUACGAAGAAGGUAUCUAAUGACAAGAGAAUGGUUUGCGGGUAUCGUGGCCGUAGGUCUCCGAAUUGCGCUAAAGUUUGAAGAGCGGCCCGACUCACUUUGGGGAAUUCGGAAGAUUUGGGACGUGCUUCCUUUGUUCGACGAUUGGCACUUGGAUAAGCGAGACUUGUUUUUAUUGCGAGUCGAGACCGAGGCUUUGCGAUUGCUCGACGAUUUGUUGGAUGUUCCCCUGGCCGUACAAUUCUUCGAUAAGUACGCGUCAGUUGGUGGGUGGCCUCCAGAAAUGGUGAAGGAAUAUACUUCCUUGGGCCACUUUAUACUCGCUCUAUCGUCUUUCGCAUCUGGAGACAAGCACCCGCUUUGCAACAUACCUCCAUCGGAACUCGCGGCGGCUGCCGUAGUGCUGUCUGUCAAAAUAGUGAACGGAGACUCGCGAAUACCAAGUUACGAGUUCUUUCCAGAACGUUUUGCGGCAUUCACCCAGUGCACUAUGAAGCAGUUACAACCAGCCGUCCGAGGCCUCUCAUCCUUAUUACGGCGCAAGCCGGAAGAGGCUGACAUUCUUGCCCGAGUGUACCCGGAAUGGGGCGCUCAUGAAUGGCAAUGAAGCAUUUUUAGCUUCCCAUUUGUCUUUGAAAUUGCAACG